AUGGCAUCUUAUACUACCACUUCUUAUUCCUUAUCACCUACAAUGUCCAUGAACAAUAAAUAUACAGUUGAUAAAAUUAAGUAUCGUCUACAACAUGAUAAAGCAAAUUAUGAAGUAGCUGAUAAUGAUACUUCAAGAUUCAAAUCGAAAUGUUGGAAUGUUUUUGGUUUCCCCACCGAAAAAAACGAAGCUGGUCGUUUUGAACGUAUCAAUGGUUUUGUUAGUUGCAAACAAUGUUAUCAAACUUUUACUUAUACAUCAACUACUGGUACGCGCCAUUUGAAUGCACAUAUAUGUGUUAUAAACUUUCUUACAAAUUCUACAACAUCAGCGCCGACCACAGUUCAAACAACUCUCGACAAUAUUUCAAAAAAUUUGAAACAAAUAAAACUAAGCGAUAAAGAGCAACACAAAUUUAAAGAUUUAAUGGCUAAAUGGAUUUGUGCAGAUAUGAGACCCUUUACAAUUACUGAAGAUACAGGAGCAAAACAUGGUGAUUUUGAUGUUAAAAACAUUGUUCGUGGUGCUGAUGUAACAUCAGAUCAUAUUGGUUCUUUAGCCGAUAAGUAUCGAACGGAACUACGAGAAAUUUUAAAAGAACCAUUCGAAAAUGAAGCUAUGUGCAUCAGCCCAGAUAUGUGGAGCGAUGCUGAUAAACAGUUAUCUUAUUCAGGUUUAUCAUGUUCAUUUGUUGAUGCAAAUCUUAAUUAUAAAACUGUGGAUUUAUGUUGUCGACCUUAUUACAAAUGUAUUCAAAAAGUACUGGAAAGUUAUGGUUUAAAUGAUUUAACUCAACUACAUUUUGUAUCUGAUCGAGGGCCAAAUCUGGUGAAGGCCUUGAAACCUUAUCGACCAAUUUAUUGUUAUGCUCAUCGUCUAAACAAUAUAUUAAAGAGAUCGUUUUUUCAAUCACAAAAGAAGAAAAAUAAAAAUGAAGAACAAAAUGCACAAUUAUCAACAAUAAAUCUUGACAAAAUUAAAAGUGAAGACAGUGAUCUUUCAAUAUCAUCUAGUGAAGAUGACAACGAAUCAUUUUUACCAGUUCAUACAAAUAAAAAGAAAAUAACAAAGUCUGGUGGUAGAUCAGCCUUGAACGAUCCCAGAAAAUUAGAAUUACCUGAUUUAGAUUCAUCAGCACAAGAAGUUAUAAAGACAAUUGUUAAUUGCAAAAAGCUUGUUCAAUAUGUUAAAAAAGUAACUGAAAUUUUCUAA